AUGACCGCCGUGACCCAAUCAGAUCACGUGUCAGAAUCAGGGGAGGCAUCGAGCAAAUGGACCGACUCAUCAAUCGUCAACCCAGACAAGACAGAGGCACGUCCAGCAGGUGGCACAUCAGUUGAAACCGACUUUUCCAAAAUUGACAGUAAUACAAAGGUGUACAUUGACACAGCAUGCCAAGCAUCAUCAAACACAAUAAUUACAGCAAUAAAAUUGUACAUUGAUCAAAACAAUGAGGCACACAAGAAUAUGAUUGUUAAACUAAAUGAACAUUUAGACUUAUGUUUCAACCAAAUUCAGCAGACUCAUCAUCAAGACACUACUAGUCUGCAACAGCAUGACAGUUCUAGUUCACAAGAAAAACCCUCUACUUUACAACAUAAUCAUGAGUUUAACAUGUUACAGACCCAACUACAUGAAAAACAUAGCAGUAACAAUACUAGAAAUCAGCAAGAUCAAAAGUCUAUUGAAAUAUUAUCAACUAAACCAAGUCUGUCAACUUACUUGUGGAAAACUAUAGAAGUCAGCAACUAUAUUGACUUAAAUGAGUUUGCCUAUACAAAUUUAAAAACUAGUCUUAAAAACAAUGUAGAUAAACAAAUAUUGCAAACAUCUGAAGGAGGCAUUAUUACCAUUUAUAAACAAAACUAUACUUAA